CAACCACCGCCACCAUCGAUACGCGACAAAGCCUAUACUAGACGCUAAUCCCAGUCUAUGGAGUGUCCAUUAACAUCAGACUGCCUCUGCACCUGCUAUGAAAGAUGUCAAGUCAUGGAAUUCCUCGAUCAAGUACUCGUGAAGAACGAUCAGCCGAAUCACGGCAGAAAGAAUUGAAAGAAAUCGACAAAUAUAAGCAGCUUGUGGCAGAAGUCAAUGAGAAGGUCAAAGCGAAGGAGUUUACGCCUGCCUUACUUCAACAGACGGCCGAAGUGCUCAAAAAGAACCCUGAAUACUACACAGUCUGGAAUCACCGCCGACGCAUAUAUGUCAACGAAUUCCAAGACCUCGAGAACGAAGUCGGCUCCGGCAAGAUCAACGAGGACACCAGGAUCAGUAACGUGCUCGAUAUCAUACAACUGGAUUUGCAAUUCCUGUUCCCUCUGUUACUCCAAUUCCCCAAGUGUUAUUGGAUAUGGAACCAUCGACGAUGGCUUCUCCAGCAGUCCACGGCACUGCUUCCAUCUCCUCAGGCCCGGAAACUCUGGGAAGAAGAAUUAGGUCUGGUUGGGAAAAUGUUGAGUCGCGACAGCAGAAAUUUCCACGGCUGGGGUUAUCGACGCAUGGUGGUCAGUAACCUCGAAAGUCCGGCUCUGCAAGGACAGAGCAUGUCCCGAUCAGAGCUUGAAUAUACGAAAAAAAUGAUUGGCACAAAUCUUUCCAAUUUCUCUGCCUGGCACAAUCGGACAAAAGUCCUCUUGAAAAUUUUGGCCGAGGAACAUGCUAGCGACGAAGACAGACGGCAGAUGCUAGAUGAUGAGCUUGAAUUGAUUCACAAAGCCUUGUUCGACCCCUUUGACCAAUCGUUAUGGUUCUACCACCAGAACCUGAUGUGUACCUUUGACCCUGAACAAGCAGCAAAAAGCAUGGCACCAAAUUUGACCACCGACGAACGCUUGAAGUAUAUCGCUUCUGAGAGGGAAUACAUCGAAGAGGUGCUAGAAGACGCCGAAGACUGCCAAUGGGCCUACAAAGCUCUGAUUGAAUGCGCAUUAUUGGAAGCUAAGCUGAACAAGAGUCUUGGACACGACGACAAACUGAAGGUGCUGGGGUGGUUGAAUGAGCUCAAAUCGUGUGACCCUCUACGACGCGGUCGGUGGCUAGACAUGGAACAGGCUCUGGUGACAAGCGCAUAACAACCUCAAUUUAGGAAUUGGAUAAGUCCAGCUACGGUAAUUAGCAGUGAAAUAGGGUGUGUGUGUGGACGGAUCAAAAGGGCAAGGCUAUCAAGAGAGCUAGCGAAAGAAUCGUUGAAGGAUGCUUUCGAUCGGAAUCGCGCCGAAGUCAGUAGCCCUGUCAGAUCCAGGAGACACGGGCGUAGCGAAAUGAGACAAUGAGCCCGGAUGGGGAACUGGACAUGGUAGAUACAGACAUGAUCUGGCCCGUUUCUGUGAAUAUUCCAUGGCGAUGGGAAAUACAUGCUGCACCGCGUCUUCACCGUUGUUAUCG